AUGGAUAGUGAUUGGGACUUGAAUCAAAUGGCAAAAGCAUUACCUCAUAUGAAAGAUACUGAUUCUAGUCAAUUUCCACCCAAAACAUCCUCUCCAACUUUAAGCCCUCAGGAACAUGGCUGGGCCAAAAAGACUGCUUACAACUACAAUGCCUAUACUAAAAAUGUCAAAGGACUAGCUAGUAUUGACGAAGUUCCAGAUUCUAAUAGUAAAACUGGUAUUUCAAAUCAAGACACUUUCGGCGGCAUUGCCACUGGUGACUGGCAUAAUAAUGCAUCGGUCUAUGUCUGGGAUGAUGACUACGGAGACGUCGGACCCGAGUUUCCUGAUCUUGAGCGCGAACUAUUUGGCUCUGAUCUCCAUGUCAAGUCUGGUAUAAACUUCAAAAAUCUAUCUAGUAUUGGAGUUGUUCAAGAGGGUGAAAUACGAAUUAAACCUAUAUUUUCGUUUAAAGAAGCUGGGCUCCACCCUGUUAUGCUAAGGAAUGUGGAGCUUGCAGGAUAUGAUAUUCCAACUCCCAUUCAACAGUACUGUCUUCCUGCAGUUUUCAAAGGUUAUGAUAUUGUUGCGUCUGCUCAAACUGGUUCAGGAAAGACGGCUGCUUUUCUGAUUCCGAUACUUUCAAAGUUGAUGGGUAAAGCCAAGAAACUUUGUGCUCCACGACCUAAUCCGGCUAAAUUCCAGCCUGGUAUAGAUAAACCUGUUCGGGCCGAGCCUUUAGUCUGUAUCGUGGCCCCGAGCCGGGAACUCGCUACUCAAAUUUUUGAUGAAGCCCGUAGAUUUUGCUAUCGUACAAUGCUUCGACCAUGUGUCAUUUAUGGAGGCUGUCCUAUCAGAGAACAAAUCAUGCAGUUACAAAAAGGAUGUGACGUCUUGAUUGGUACUCCUGGUCGAUUGGUUGAUUUUAUAAACCGCCCCAGCUUACUAACUCUCAAAAGGCUCAAAUACAUGGUUAUUGAUGAGGCCGAUGAGAUGGUUGGUACUGAUUGGGAUCAGGAAAUGAAAACUAUCAUGAGUGGUGAAGAUCAAGAGGAAGGUAAUAUUAAUUACCUAAUGUUCUCUGCUACAUUUCCGAGACAUGCUCGUCAACUCGCUAGAGAGCAUCUAGCAAUGAACCACAUACGGAUUCGUGUUGGACGCGUAGGCAGUACUCAUGCUGAUAUAAAACAGAAGAUUAUCGAAGUGCAGCCUUCUCAAAAACGUACAGUUCUUCGAGAUUACUUAUUAAAUAUGCCUCCAGCUCGUACGAUCAUUUUCGUCAAUAGCAAACGUUCAGCUGAUGAUCUGGAUGAUUUUCUCUUCAAUUCUGCCUUUCCCUGCACCUCAAUCCACAGCGACCGUACUCAACGUGAGCGUGAAGAUUCAAUUCGGGCUUUUCGAGCAGGCAAGACACCCAUAUUAAUUGCAACUGGCGUAUCUGCAAGGGGACUUGAUAUCCACAAUGUUAUGGCGGUUAUCAAUUUUGAUCUCCCUUCGACUAUGUACGGUGGGAUCGAGGAAUAUUGUCAUCGUAUUGGUCGCACUGGGCGUAUUGGGAAUACUGGUGUAGCUAUGUCUUUUUUUACUUCUAAAGACGAAGAUUUGGGACCUGCUCUUGUAAAAUUUCUACUCGAGACUCAUCAAGCUGUACCUGAUUUCCUUGCCGAUCAUAUUCCUCAAGGAUUUGAUGCAAGUGGUCACGGCGACGAAAAUCUCCUCGAUUUUGAGGAUGAUUCAGAUGUGGAGGAGGAGCAAGCUGCUGGCAAUUCAUAUUCUGACUCCGAUCCGAUAAUAAAUCAAAAUCAAUUAAAUGAGGCGGGGUAUGAGGCUCAAGGCAAAACCUCAACUCAAGCUGAGUCCUCAGAUUGGAACAAAACUAGCACACAAACAUCACAAAAUCAAAAUGAUUAUCCGCUGGUCUUAGAAACAAGAAGAGUUUCGCAAAAUGAAACCCCUCCCGUAUCGCGCCAAUUUUCAACUACAAGUAAAAAAUGCGACACUUUUCAUAAUCAUAACAAUAACUCAUUGCUAGUAACGGAAGAUAAUUCUUUUGAUGGCUGGAAUGAGACGAGUCUAUUUCCCAAGUCAUCUAAUCAGUCAGGAUGGUAG